AGAAAUUCAAUUAGAGCACGGUCAUGUUUGAACUAGUAUUUCAGACGAAUUGCAAUCAUUGAACAUGUGCGUAUGAUGUUUCGUAAAAUCGUGCUUGUUUAAUGUAUUUAGAGCUCCAAGUUUUUAGGAUGAAAAAAACAAAUCAUCAGAUGAUUAUUUUGAAAAUCCCAAUUAAUCUUUUUGUAAACAUUGGUAUCUAUUAAUGGCCAGUUUAGUCCAGUCAAAAUAUCUUGUACUCAUAUUUAUUGUAGACUAGUCUAACAUGUGUAAAUGAUUUAAAAAUAGUACACAGUUGAAAAAUAAAAAUGCGAACAUUGGGAAAAUUGUUGUGGAUUUUAGUCAUAUUUUGUUCAGCAAAUGUUUCGGUAUUUCUUCCUCGCUGGCUGCUUAAGAUUGCGCUCAAUAAAAGAUCAGAAAAUAAUUUGAGUAACGAUGGUGCAUCAUUUGUAGCUCACAAAAACUGCAUUACAUAUAAACGCAAAGAGAAUCAUGUUGUAACAGACAUUCUAAAAUCAAAGGAUGACAAUAAAAGGCUCAGUUACAACGAAACAUAUAAUGAACUGGAAAAGUAUCUAAUCGGCUCCUACGUUGAAGACCCCAAAUUGCUCAGAUUCUUACGGAAAUAUUGGUUAGUGCCACCUACAAAGAGAGUCUAUGGUGGGGAAGAAGCCAAAGACAGAUAUUAUGGCCAGGCAGGUCAAGCUGGUGUAGUUGAUCAAAUACUGAAAGGUAAGACGAAUGGAGUUUAUGUUGAAAGUGGAGCAGCUGAUGGCAUCUCGUCCAACACAAUAUUCUUUGAAAAAUUCCGUAAUUGGACGGGGGUCUUGGUAGAACCGAUCCCCGGGAUGUAUAACAAACUCAUAGGCUGGAGGAGGCAGGCUUGGCACCUGAACUCCUGCCUUAGUUCUAACAACAAAAUGGAGAAAAUUAAAUUUGCGAACUUCGGCACUUUUAGUGGCAAUCUAGACAGUUUGAAUAAACUAAAUGGUAAUCGAAUGAAGGAAUACGAUAUUGGUACGAUCACUGUACAAUGUUUUCCGUUCCAUUCUGUCGCCGCGGCCCUCAAUUUCACAUUUAUUGAUUAUUUCUCAUUGGACGUAGAAGGUGCAGAAAUGCAGGUGUUAAAAACAAUUGACUUCACUAAGAUUUCUGUGAGAGUUUUUUCUAUUGAAUACAGAGAUGGGAUAAACACUUUGUCAAAACUGCGAGAUUUGCGAGACUUUUUCACAAAGCUUGGAUAUAAAGAAUGGGGUCUUGUGUCAGAGAAGAAGUGGAUGACAGGACAACCCAAGGAUAAUGAAGGGCUUGAUGUAAUAUUUUACAAACGUUAAUGCUUACUCAGCAAAAUGACAAUUCACGAAUAGCUGUUAAUCCCUAGCUCCUUAAAAUGUUGCCUUGUGUACUGUGUUGGUUAUACGUU